AUGGUUCUCUUUGAUUUCAAGUCAGACAACCACUUCGUUUCUUCCUGUGACAGCACUACCCUCAGAGUCUGUGAGUUGAGCAACCAUGCUAUUCACCCUGCUUCUAUCAGAAAGGCUCACUGGAAAGAAGUCGGCAGCAUCAGCGUUGUCUAUCGUGAUGAUAAUAGUACUAGAGAGGUCGAUGACGACAUGGAGGGCGAGCAAUGCUACGAAGGGUUGUUGUUUUUUGAUGGUCAUGGGAAGAUCGAGGGGCAGAGAGCCCUCACAAAGCUAGCCGAGGAAUUGACUCGCUUGGGCUUGAUGGUGAGCCCUGGAGGGUAUUGCUACCAAGACGUGACUGAGUUGCGCGAGCAUAAAGACUUCGGGGUUCACUAUCUCCGAUUGAAUGAUCUCUUCAACUGGUCCAUCCACGAUGUGUACUCGGCAAGGAUCACCACGUGGAAGCGUGUGGUGUUGAAGUACACCGUGCCAAAGCACAAGAAAAUACCAAAGUCAUCGAUGGUGGGCGGCGGGGUGAGCAAGGAGAAAUACGAGGAGUUGAAAAUGAUGUUGAACGAGAAGGAGGAGGAGCUGGAGAAGGUGACCGCGAAAAUGGAAGACGAGAUGGAAAAAAUGACGGACGAGAGGGACGAAGAGCUGCGAAAGGUCCAACAAGAGAUGAAAGAGGCAAUCGACAAGAAAGAUGUGGAGUUGCGGAAAGUGAAGAAGGAAAAGGUCGAGGAGUUGCGAAAGCUAAGGAAGGAGAAGGACGAAGAAAUGCGAAAACUAAAACGGGAGAUGCAUGAUGAAGGAGAAAGGUUGCAGAGAGAGAAGGACGAAGAAAUAGCAAAGCUCGAACAAGAGAACGAGGAAGAAGCACUUCAUCAGCUGGAGAAAAAGGAGAAUGAACUAAACAUGUUGAGGCAGGAAGCUGACGACAAAUUACAAAAGCUGAGGGAGGAGCUGGAGAUUCUGAGACGAAGAAAGGAUGAUCAUGACAAUGACGACGAUGAAGAAACGGUGCAAGCACCACGGAAGGAGGACGACAACGAUAAGGAAGCGCUACAAGAGCUUAUCAGAGAGAAGGAUGUCGAACUGCAAGAACUAGGGAAGCUAAAGGACCAACUCUCGGGUAAACUAGAGCAGUGCCCUAAACAUUCGUGGUCCAGGCAGCUAAUUUCUAAUGAUCGCUUUUACACCGGCGGUGAUAUCAACCAGAUACCAAGACAACAGGUUCCAAAAGAAACGUUUUCGAAAAACCAGAGUAGACUCAGUGGACAUUAUUUCAGCAGCUACAAUUACGCUCGACAUACCUCGACUUGGACGCCAUUCAACAGAUCAACUGUUGUUCCGCUAAAGGAUCGAGGGACCGAUGAGUGGCCGCUUUCCCGUAAGGUUGAGGUUUGGGUUGGGAACGGCGGCCACUUCGACGUCGAAAACUGGUGGGUUACGAAGACGGCCCACCCGGAAGGUGGCAUGACGAUGCUGGCUUAUUACCAGGGGACUUUUGCUACGCAUACAAACGAGUAUGGAAGGCCUGUGUACUUGCCGUAUCAUCCUAGCUGUGAUUUUUGCGCAGAUGGAUAUUUCUUCCUGGCUUUUCUCUGUGGUCAAGGGAGGCUUGCUUUUAUGUAUCGGGACUAG